UGGUAAAGCCGGUCGUCUUAACAGAUUUCGAUAAACAUCCUAAGAACUAGGACUAAAGAGCAGAGUUGAGAUCUUAGGCGUUUAUCGUCUUUAUUACGCAAAUUCGUUUUGGGUGCCGGCUGCUCAGCCGGUCUUUAGCGCCCACGCGCCAAAAAUCGCGGGGGCGAUUACUCUGAGGCUUCGGCGCGUGCUCAAACGUGCAUGCGCACCGCCUGAAACACACGCGCCUCCUAAAAACUAUUUUUUUUUAUCACAUGUCAAAUGUGACAGUGUUGUUUUUAAUUUUUAAAUUUCGAAUUUCCAUUUUCGUUGUCAAGCCAGUGCUUUCAAUAACAAACAAAUCGAUGGCAAUUUAGUUUAUGAAUGGAGUGAUCUAGGAAGUGACAUCAUGAAUAGUGUUGUGACUGUGCCAACUCUAAUUUGGUGGGCGCCGAUUUUUUAACAAUGCGUGAACAUUAGAGUGGAAAGGAUGUGGCUAGUGGGCGCAAUGGCAAUGCUUUGCGCAGUAUCUUUUAGCGUGUCGGAGUGGCGAUGUCCAGAGUUGAGCGCGCGGCCAGCUGCUGAAUGUUCCUGUGAUUUACCGCACACGUUGCGUUGUGCUGGUGACCAUACUGCGCUACAGAUAAUCGGUCGCCACCUUCGAGAGCAGAAGGCGCGAAACAAAAACAGCGCUGUAUCACUACUGGACUGUGCUUUACGAGGUGUUUCGGCGCUGUCAUCAGCUUCAAUAACUGAGUUGGCCGGCGUUGGCUUACAUGGUCUAGUCAUAUCUUCGGGAGAUAUAAGAAGAGUGCAGCAGGGUGCAUUCAAUAGUGUUUCUAAUACUUUAUUAGCUUUGGGGUUGCCAAAUAAUCAACUUCCCACCGUACCAACAGAAGCAUUGACACGUCUGUGGCGUUUGGACCGAUUAGAUUUGUCCAAUAAUAAGAUACACAUACUAGAGUCAAAUUCAUUUAAGGGCAUAGGAAAUUUAACAUACUUGGACAUAAGCGAUAAUCAGCUGACCGCGAUAUCUCCUGAGGCCUUCAAACCUUUAGUAAAAUUGUCUGUGUUGAGAUUACGUGGAAAUGUACUUAAAGUUUCUACUCUGGUUACUCUGAAGGAAGCUCAUCUAUUAAAAGAUUUAGAUCUAUCAAGUAAUGCUUUAGAAGGUCCGCUCGGACCCACAACGGUGCCGUCACUCAGCUAUUUAACUACCCUCCAAAUAUCUGAUAACACAUUUGCAAGUAUACGACGUGGGGCUCUAUCAGGCCUAACCAAUCUCACGCACUUGAUUUUGCACAACAACCAAAUAGAUGUCUUGGAGGAUUAUGCAUUCCGGCAUCUAACAAAUCUAACACAUUUGGAUUUGUCUCAUAAUGAAAUAGUUGCAGUUUCAGGUGCAUCACUAGCGCAGCUGACGUCACUAUCUCACCUGGAUCUAUCUCAUAAUUUCCUGCGAUCCCUAUCUGCUGAGCCGCUCAAAUCGCUCGGACAUCUCACAGAGCUGCUCCUCCACGAUAAUGACAUAUCGAUGAUCGAUGACGGCGCCCUGGCACAGCACAAGGACCUUGGACGAUUCACUAUUGAAGAUAAUCCACUUAAUUGCGACUGCCUAAUGGCCGGUUUCGCUAGGUGGCUUCGGGAAGCAAAAAACCUUUCACAAUCGGAUAAAUCGGAUGCGGUGUGCGCUACGCCGCCUCAUUUAGAAGGCGCUUUACUGUCUCGACUAUCGAAAAACAAACUCUGCGACGAUUUCGAACAUACAGAUAAAAGGAAAGACGAUAAUAACGAUUACAAUAAAAUUCUGGUCAACACUAUUGAUAGCCAAGAGAAAUUUAUCGAUAUUGAAACGCAAGAUGUUUAUAUCGAUAAACAGGAGGGGUUGGAUGACGAUAUUUACGAUGAGGAACUGGAAAUACCGUCUGAAGAAGACCUACCUACUUCUAAAUCCAAGGUUCGCCUAACAGACGCCUGGUUCGAUGAUGAAGUAGUCCACUUAACCUGGUCCAUAGACCCACUUUCAAAUAACCGGUACAGAUGUACAGGUGUGACUGUAUCCAGAGCUGGUGGUAUACCCAAGCACGUGGCCUGUCAUAGGGCUGCACCUGGAAAUGUGCUGUUGAGAGGAUUGAAACUCGAUCCUAUUGAUAAAUACACAUUUUGCAUAGCUCUUGAAGAAAUGGAUAGUUCAGACGUACCUCUAUCUCUUGUAUUAGGCUGUGGAUCACCAUUGUUGGUUAGGCAAAGGGCAACUUUUGCUACCACAGCUCCUAUCGUCAUCACCUCUGCGCCGAAUAUUCAGGAAUUUCGAGUAACAGAAGUACGCUCUAAUGUAACUACUGAUGGAGUUUUAACGGUGCUAGUCUCAGUUUCGGGAUUGCUUCCACGAUCCCAAUAUAGUAUACCACGAUCUCAAAGAAUUUCUGAAGCCCGGUAUCCCCUAACCAAUUGUUAUGUAGAAAUCGCUGUACUAUCUCAAGGCUCUUUGGUUGCUCAGAAGGACAUCCCUUGUUUAACAACUUUGCAAAUUACAAUGGAAGGCUUUAUGAGGGGACCUUACGAAGUAUUAUUUACUAGAUGUCAGUUGACCCGUGAAUUGCUGAAAAAUAAUUAUUCAAGGACGUUUCUUAGUAACUGGGUGUGUUUAAUCGAGCAACACAGUGACAGAAAUACAUCUACGUUUGUUGUUAAAUCGUCGAGAAGGAAGUAUUAUGGACUGUUUCAGAUAGGAAGUGAAUGGUGCAAAGAAGGUCGUAGAGGUGGCAAAUGUGAAAUAUCCUGCGAAGCUCUUUUAGAUGAAGACAUAAAGGAUGAUGGUGAAUGCGCCUUAAGAGUAUUUGAGCAAGAAGGAUUCAAGUAUUGGUCCAAAUGGGACGCACGGUGUAAGGGACAUACUUUACCGGAUAUUGAAAAAUGUCCAGAUUGGCAACAUCCUCCACAAAGUAGGAUAUCUCCUGCGAGGGACAAGAGAACAUUAAGAGGCCGACGCUCCUACAGAAGAUUUCUAUAUGAAAGAUACAGAACAAACCCUAUCAUUUAAAUUAUAUUUAGUAGAGAAGUGAAUUGUUAUAUCGUUGGUAUACUUACUAAUAUAAAUGUGUAAGUGUAUUUGUAUGCGUGUCCUCUUGCCGCUUUAUGGGCUAAACCAAUCAGCGUGAAGUUUGGUAUACAUGUAGUAUCUGAAACUGAAAAGGACGAUGUGCUCAAUCAAUUUAUAAAAACAUACUAGUACUUUGCAAAAGAAGCCUUAUGUAUUUGAAAUAUGUUCUAAUUUCAUAUAUAAUGUCUUAAUAUUGAAUGGAACUAACCUUGUUACUAUUGGACUGACAAUGCUAAUCUAUUUAUACUUGUUUCAGUAUCUUACAGGGUAGGCAGAAAGGAUCAAGCGGUAUUUAGUUCCAUACGUUUUAAUUUCAAUUCAAACGGGGAUUGAAACUAAGACGCCCAUAGUUGAGGUUCGAACCCCUAGCGAUCUUAUCUGUUGGGCAGGUGUUGGCCUUCCUUUUUUCGCCCAGUGAGGCUAUAAAGA